AUGGCCAUGCUGGCGUCCAAGUCGCCCUACCCGACCCCUUCUCUGGGAGGCUCGGGCUCGUCGCAGUAUCCUUCAAAUGUGUCGAGUUACCGCGUGCAGGCUGCGUCGAGGUCUGAUCAUGCCUUCUUCGCAUCGCCCACCGAGUCGGAGUUCUCGGAAAGCUACGAUACGCCUGAUUCCGUGAGGCAUUGGGACGAAGACAAGGUCGCUGACUGGCUUCAACGGAUCAACUGCUCCCAGUACAUUGACCUCUUCAAAAAAAACCACAUCAACGGCGAGAACCUGAUGGAGAUGGACCAGACCCAUCUAAAGGACAUGGGCAUCAAGAAGAUUGGCGACCGUGUGCGUAUUGGAACCCAGGCAAAGCUGUUCAGGAAUCGCGAGUACAAACGGGGAUCAAAGCGGAGCUCGAAUAGGCAAUCUCUCGCCGUUCUCGACCAAGCUGCAGCCUUCGUCACUCCCCCGUCUUCAGGCUCCCCUCGCCCUAUCCAUUCCAGUCGAUCAAUCCCCGCCAGCUCCCGCUCCGACAAACGCAUGUCCCGACAACUCACCGGCGCUGACUUUAGCUAUGCCGCCGCCCUCCCUUUCUCCAAGGCCCCCUCUCGACCGGGCUCUCCCCUCGUCGACCAGGAAAACCGCAGCAUUCGAUCUCAGCACUACACAGGCAUGAGCAGCCCAAAGAAUACCGGAAAAAAGGAUAUACCACAGUACUUUGGCUACCCCCUCAGCGCAGGGCUAAACAGCGCACGUGCUCCGGAGGGCAUUCAAACUGCUCGCUAUGUGACGCAGACUCGAACAACCCCAACCGAGACACCUCAAACCGCCCGUUUUGCCCACCACGUUCGGGCGAGUCCCAGCUUGGAUAAUGCCACAAAUAGCGCUAUUCUUCCUCCCGACAAAGCCCUGAUCCGGGUCAUCUUUGACAACGGCCGCUCCUCCGUUGUUAGCAUCGAAAAUUGCAAGACAGCAGAGGACAUUAUGUUGAAGACACUGCGCAAGGGCUACCUGAACGAAGCCCAUGUAAAGAACUAUUGCUUCUAUGUACUCGAUGGCCCCGAACCUACGCCAGCACAGUGUCGGCGACUCAGUGAAAUAGAGUUGAUCCGCAUCUGCAACGAUCGAGCACGUCUGGAAAAAGGCAGACUCAUCCUCCGCAAGAUCCACACCGGCGAACCCGAAGACGACCAGCUCAAGACUGCUGCAGGUAUCUAUCAGCAGCAGCAACUACAACAGGUGCAGAACGUUAUACUACCCACGAAUAAUCGAAGCCAGUUGAAGGUUGAGAAGAUCACUGGGGAAUCGCUUGCCGCCGUCAGCUACCCGUUAUCUCCAGCAUCCGCCCGCGAGCGUGAACGACACAUUAACUCGACGGCCCAGGAUCUUGAAAGAGCUGAUAGCUUUCAAUCAACGACCAGCGCUCGCGCUCGAAAACUGAAGCAGUUCUACGGAGCUCGGCCACCCAGCGAGCUGAUUACUUCUGAUCUGACCUCCUACUUCCCAGACGUGGAGAAAGAGGAGAUUGACAAGACCAUCCGCAUGUCUGUCCGCAGGUCACGUCGCAUUAGCCGUGCUACAAGCCGCCUCAGCAUGGCCUCCAACUUCAGCGUCGCUUCCUCUCUUCGGGAUGCACCUCCACUUCCCUCAAUCGCUGAUGCUUGGCUACAAGGCGCUGGUCAAGCCCGUCCACUCCGGCCACUCUCGGUCAUGCGUCUUGGUCUUCAAUCUCAGUCUGGUUACCGCGAUUCCAUGGCCUCGUCAGUACUCGAACCACUGGAGGAGGAGUCACCACUGGAGCCCGACCGCAAAUCGUACGUGUCCUUCGCUGGAGAUGACAACGGAUCGGAGACUGUUUCAGUCACCGACCCUGAAGGCCGCACGAAUACUUUGAGCUCCUACUUUGAUGAUGGCGGUAGUAGUCUCGCAGGUAGCAGCAGCGUUGGCACUGAGAACGGCGACUCUCUCAACAAGCGUCUAUCACAAGCCAUUGCCGACGACGGAGAAGAAUUCGACGAAGAGCUCACCGACUACCUCGAGCAGGACAGCUGGGAGAACGUCAAGUACAUGAAAGGUGCUCUCAUCGGUCAGGGUUCGUUCGGCAGCGUCUACCUCGCCCUACACGCAGUCACUGGCGAACUCAUGGCCGUCAAGCAAGUCGAGAUGCCUUCUAGCUCCGGCGCCUCCCAAAUGGACCAGCGAAAAACCAACAUGGUGGAAGCCCUCAAGCACGAAAUCGGCCUCCUCCGCGACCUCAAGCACAAGAACAUCGUGCAGUAUCUCGGCUCCAACUCCGACGACACCCAUCUCAACAUUUUCCUUGAGUACGUCCCCGGUGGCUCAGUGGCGACUAUGCUGGUCAACUACGGCCCCCUCGGGGAAUCCCUCAUCCAGAACUUCGUCCGCCAGAUCCUCACUGGCCUCGGCUACCUCCACUCCUGCGACAUAAUCCAUCGUGACAUUAAAGGAGCCAACAUCCUCGUGGACAAUAAGGGAUCCGUCAAGAUCUCCGAUUUCGGCAUUUCCAAGCGUGUUGAAGCAUCCACGCUUCUCUCCACACCCGGCUCUGGCAAGAAGGGCAACCAGCGUGUCUCCCUGCAGGGCUCUGUCUUCUGGAUGGCGCCCGAGGUCGUCCGACAAACUGCCUACACCAGAAAGGCGGACAUCUGGUCCCUGGGCUGUCUCAUCGUCGAGAUGUUCACUGGUAGCCACCCCCACCCGAACUGCACGCAGCUACAAGCUAUCUUCAAGAUCGGCGGUAGUGGGGAUGCGAGCCCGACAGUGCCGGAGAACGCGGGCGAGGAUGCCCGGGCGUUCUUGAAGCAAACCUUCAUGAUUGAUCAUGAGGCGCGGCCAACAGCGGACGAGCUUUUGGGCAGUCCAUUUUGUAAUCCGAAGGCGGGUUGA